UUGCGCGUGUCCGAAAUCGGACUCACCCUGACCGAAGUGGCCCCCGGAUGGUCCGCAGAAGACGUUCGCGCGAUGACCGCAGCCUCCAUCAGCAUCGCUCCUGUCCUGCGGGAGAUGGGCUUCGCUUUCCCGCCGGGCAAGCCGCCCAGCAAGGUCUACGCCGACGGCCCAUCCGCCAUCGCGGACUUGCCCGACGGCGCCACCGUGUUCAUCGACGGCUUUGGCGGACCUGGCGGCAUGGCCCACCACCUGCUUGUUUCGCUUCGGGAUCGGGGCAGCCGCGCCUUGACCAUCGUGAGCAACACCGCCGGGAUCGCCCGCGUCGUCAGCUUCGGCACUCCGCCAGGACGCACCGCGAUCGACCAUAGCGUGCUAGUCGAGAACGGUCAGGUCGCCAAGGCCAUUGCAUCGUUUCCGGUCUCGCCCUCGGUGUCUCGGCCGUCCGAGUUCGAGCUGGCCUAUCGUCGGGGCGAGGUUGACUUGGAGUUGGUACCCCAGGGCACUCUCGCGGAGCGCCUUCGCGCCGGCGGCGCCGGCAUCGAAGCUUUCUACACUCCUACCGGCGCUGGCACCCUCAUCGCCGAGGGGAAAGAGAGCCGGGUGAUCAACGGACGCGAGCAUAUCCUGGAACACGGCCUGCGCGCGGACUUCGCCCUGAUCCGCGCCUGGAAGGCUGACACCCGGGGCAACCUGGUGUACCGGGGCACCUCACGCAACUUCAACGCGGUCAUGGCUCCGGCAGCGCAGGGUUACCGUGGUCGAGGUCGACGAGAUAGUGCAACCGGGUGA